AUGCCAAAUUAUGUGAAAUUCUUGAAGAAUGUACUUACUAAUCGAAGAAAGUUUGAAGAAUUUAAGGUGGUGUCACUAAAUGAAGAGUGUAGUGCAAUAUUGAAGAACAAGAUCCCAUUAAAGGAGAAAGACCCUGGGUCGUUCACCAUUCCCGUAUCAAUUGGAGGAAAGGAGCUAGGAAGAGCAUUAUGUGACUUGGGAGCAAGCAUCAACUUAAUGCCUCUAUCCAUUUACAAGAAGUUGGGGAUUGGAAAGGCUAGACCGACUACAGUUACCUUACAACUAGCUGAUAGGUUCAUCACUUAUCCCAAAGGAAAGAUUGAGGACAUCUUAAAUCAAGUUGAUAAAUUCAUAUUUCCUAUAGAUUUUAUCAUUUUAGAUUAUGAAGCUGAUGAUGAUGUACCAAUUAUUUUGUGGAGGCCAUUUUUAAAGACUGGAAGAACAUUAGUAGAUGUUUACAAAGGAACCAUCACGUUAAGAAUGGGUGACCAAAAAAUUGAAUUUAAUAUCAACAACAGUAUGAAAUAUCCAGUAGUAUAUGAAUUGACAGAACAACCAGUGACCGAGGAAUAG